AAACAAAUACGGAGUAUUUAUUUGGCUACCCGUAUCCUCUUUAUCGUUAACGACGACAACCACCGGGUAUAUCCGCUCGUUCGCCAGCGGCACACAUCGCACGCCAUUAAUUUUUAGGUGGAACGUUAGAAAUUUAUCAUCAGUCAACUGGCACAAAUGACGGAGGAUAGCUUCCCCAGGGGUUCUUCCUCUGAAUCGGCUUCGUCAACUGAUCCUUCAAUUUCCAAACAGAGGAAAAAAAGGAAGUGGGAUCAGCCUGAAGAGUCAUUGGUUUCAGCUGGAGUAUGCCAGCCUCCUAUUCUUCCUUUCACAAACAUUGGAUCUUUGGUUGGUAUUGCACUACCCAGCAUAGGCACGACAUGUGGCACUCUUUUAGCCACUUCCCUCACAGCCAAUGGUGCAUCUGGAGUGCAGCAACACACGACAAAGAUCCAGGAUGAGGUGAUUGCAAGAGAGAUUGUCAUAAAUGAUGCUGACUCUGCUGUUCGAUACAAACUCACAAAACGCCAAACCCAAGAAGAGAUUCAGAAGAGUACAGGUGCAGUGGUAAUAACUAGGGGCAAGUACAUGAUUCCUAGUGCACCCCCUGAUGGUGCAAAACCACUAUAUCUUCAUAUUUCUGCUGGAGCACAUUUAGAAACAACAGUGGAGAGAAUCAAAGCAGUUGACCAUGCAGCGUCACUUGUGGAGGAAAUAUUGAAAGAGGGUUCAUCAAACAAUGGGUUGAAGGCUAAUCCCUCCAUGAGUACCUGUGUCUAUGUGGGCUUUGAGGUUGAUGCAUCCUUGAACAUUUCUGCUCGUAUUCGAGGACCAAAUGACCAGUAUAUAAAUCACAUUAUGAAUGAAACAGGAGCAACUGUUGUGUUAAGAGGGCAAGGUUCAGAGAGUUCUGGAACCGUACAUGGUGAAGAUGGACAUCAACCACUGCAUUUGUUCCUAUCGAGCAAUAAUUCAAAAAGUCUUGAGCAUGCAAAACUUUUGGCAGAAAAUUUGCUGGAUACUAUAUCUGCAGAAUUUGGUGCUUCUAGGGUGUCUUCUUGUAAAGUGUAUGGAGCUGUUCCUCCCCCACCGCAGCUACUAGCUGGAAGUAAUAGUUUGGGAGAUGAGUUGACCGUAAAUAAUUCUCAAGAUGCUAAUUUAAGGUCUGCAACUCUGGGUGUGCCUGUACCAGCUGUUCCUUCUGUGGCUCCUGGUAUGGACAUUAAUGUUUCUCAAGGAAUUGUAUCCCAGUCUUUAAGCUCAUUCAAUAUGCUGCCAUCUCAAUCAAACACAAAUUACUACCCCCAUACGCCAAUCUUGAGAGGGACGAGCUAUAUGGGUUACGGUGGGAUUUAUCCCCAAGUCACACCUUUACAACAAGUUGCCUUAGCCCUUAGGCAGUCGAUCUCUAAAACAGCUGCAAGCUCCCCAGAAUCAACAACAACUAGCACCAGACCUCUGACUACUACGACAUCCUUUAUUCAGAAGGAACGCCCCCCACAUAAACGCAAAUUUAGAGAGUUACCAACUAAUAUAAUGGUCACAUCAAAUCUUCAUCAGGUAUUAGAAUCUGUUCUCCUUGUCUCUCCCUGCUGGCGUGAAGCCAAUGGCCUAUUAUCCCUUAGUUUGUGUCAAUUUGAUUUAAAUAAAAGAUAGUGUUGAACAAUGCACCAAUUUCAUAAAUGUGCUUUUUGUUUUGAACUGUCGACAUAUUCUUCUUAUUAGAUCUCGUCAAUGCAAAUUUUCAUUCUUUGUUUCGAAACUAAGUUUACUGAAGAUAUUAAAUUCAACUUAUGCUUUGUGAUUUAUCAUUGAAAAACUCUUGCAUCUUUUUCCAUUUGAGUGCAAUGUCAUUUUUAUACUGACCUUUACUACUUGAUAUUCCAGGUAUUUUCUCUCACCUUCUAAGAAGCUAACAUGGCGAUUCUGGACCCUAUUGGGCAUUUGUAUGUUUCACAGGGUUUUAUGAUCUGGGAGCUGCAUGGAAUUGCUGCAUGUUAUCUCAAUACUCUUGGUGGUGCUAGAGCAAAAUUUAAACUAACCAUGCUCUGUUGAUGAACAGGCCUUAUGGCCCAUUAGCAGCUGCUUAAAAUAGCAAAGAAGUUACAUAUUUCUCUUUUUUUAAUCUUCAUUAACCCAGAAAAGUUUUUUUAUAUUAGAUAAUUGAAUUUUAAUCACUGAAGUUUUUCCUACUCUUUUCCAUGCAUAAUACGAAAAAAAUUACUCCCUUCGUCCCAUUUGAUUAGACAUGCAUAAUUAUUAUCUGGUCUUAACAUAUUUGUCAAAGGAAAAUGCAUCUUACAUUGUGGGUACACAGGUUGUACAAGAAGUUCCAUACUUCUUUCCUAUUCCUUAAAAAGAGAACGCUUAUUCCCUAUCUUGUGCUACCUCCAUUCUACACAGAUAGCCACAUUUGAUUUAUAACAUGGAAACAAAAUCUAUAUAUUUUAACUAAGAUAUAUCUAUUAAAAACAACGGUCAAAAUUCAACACCUUUCAUCUUCAUGGGCAUUUGUAGUCAACUGUGUUGCAGUCAUUAGGUUGAGCAUUACACUGUACACAGGGCUCUGUUCAUUACGAUAUGCUCAUAUAUGAAUUUCGUCCCUAAUUAUGAGAUAUCUAUCUUCCAUCUUUUAGCAUGCUGAUUUAAGCAUUGUAUCAUGUGAUUCAAAUCUCUUUAUACAUCUCUUCAAACUUGUUGGCACUCCAUGAUUGUGGUAAUCAAUCUACUGCCUGGGAGUAGGAACUUCUGAUAAUGUUUGAGAGUUAACUGAUUGUUAUAUAUGUCUUGCACAUUAGAUGUGAUUUUUCUUUAAUUACUUAGGAUUCUGUAUUGGAUUUUCUUGUAAAAUCAACUGCAGGAAGUGCUGGCUCCAAAGGCUCAGGAUUUAACUGCAGAUGCUGGUGUUAGAGAUAAUACUACUAUUCCUGGCACAAAGGUGUGCCAACCACCUUCUAAUUUAAUGCCACCGCCACCUCCUCCUCCCAAGAUGAUGCCAAUGGCUCCUCCACCAUUACCGAAGUUUAAUUCACCAACCCCUAAAGUGCAUGGGAUAAGCAAUAUGCCUCAUAAACCAUCCUCAGAAAAUAUUCCUGAUACUCUAGUGAAGCUAAUGGAAUAUGGGGAUGAUGAUGAAGAUGAUGACAUUGAUGGUGUUGCUGGGGAGAGGUUGCAGGGGAAAUCAAUUGUACCAGAGGGUCCAAAACCAUUCUGGGCUGUUUAAAGAUGCUAAUUCGUCCUGUGGAACUCUCUACUCUCUAAUUGAUGGUUAAUGAAUCAUUUAUUAAACCAGAAGUACCUGGAUGGAGAAUGGUUUGGUUGACGCUUGUUCUGUAGCAUUAGGGUGACGUUUCAAUGUAUUGACCCACCCGGAUAGCAUGGCGUGAUUUCAUCUUAGAGAGGGGGGUUGACCCCCAAACAUGGCUGGAGGUGAAGAGGUUGUCUUACUUAGGGCGAAUUGUUAUCAUGCUUUUGCCAGGAGGGUCACCCUACUGCUUGGAGUCAGAGGCAACUCAGUAACACUGCAAAUUUAUUGCUUAAUUGUGCUGGUAGUACUUGAAGACUACUCCUUCAAUGUUUUGCAUGUGUUAUAAAACUGGACAUGCAAACGGUUGUUCAGUGUUUGAUGGCCUAGUGAUUUGUUUGGUUGAAUUACAAGCAUUAAUAUUUUUUUCAGCGCAGUAUUUAAUCCCUCUACUCUAAUUGUGUUUAAAUUAGUCGGAUAUCUGCUAUAGGGAAUCUGCUAUAUAAUUUGGUACGAUCAAGGACCAUUCU